UCAGUUUACUUCCUGAGCCAGCGCCCUCCUCUCUCUCUCUCUCUCUCUCUCUCUCUCUCUCUCUCUCUCUCUCUCAGGGAAGUGAAGCUCUGGUCGUGUUUUAUUUCUCUGGAACAGCAGUAAGCAGUAAAAUGAGUGAAACAGGAGAGAAAUCGUCGGUGAAAAUUGGAGAUGAAGCGGAAAAGGACUGGGAAGCUGCCAAAGCGUUUUUCAACAACCUGAAGAGUAAAAAACCCAGACCUCCGAAGCCGUGCACUGCGAUUACGAUUGCUGUUUCGUCUCGGACUCUGUUCAACAUGGUGGAGGAGAGGAAGAUCUAUGAGGAGAAAGGACUGGAGCAGUACGUCAGCUACAACCAACAGCACGAGAACCAACCUCUCAAACCUGGAGCUGCCUUCCCCUUCGUCAAGGCGUUGAUGACGGUGAACGCUCGUCUGAGGGAGCUGUACCCCGAGAGUGAGGAGCUGUUUGAUAUCGUAUUAAUGACUAAUAACCACGCCCAGGUGGGGGUGCGGCUAAUCAACACCAUCAAUCACUACGAUCUGCUGAUUGAGAGGUUUUGUAUGACGGGAGGUAAGAGUCCAGUCGGUUACCUGAAGGCAUACAUGACAAACCUGUACCUGUCUAAAGACCCGGAGAAAGUGAAGGACGCCAUCGAGGAGGGCAUCGCAGCGGCCACCCUGUUUACUCCGGGUAAGAAGAUGGAGUUGAGUGAAUCUCAGCUCAGAGUAGCUUUUGAUGGCGAUGCUGUGCUUUUCUCAGACGAGUCAGAGAUCAUCGUGAAACAGCAAGGACUCGAUGAGUUCUUUGAGCAUGAGAAGGCAAAUGUGAACAAACCACUUGCUCAGGGUCCUCUGAAGUGUUUCCUGGAAGCGUUGGGGAAACUGCAGAGGAAGUUCUACUCUAAGAAUGAGAGGAUGAACUGCCCGAUCCGUACGUUCCUAGUGACGGCGCGCAGUGCGGCGAGUUCUGGAGCUCGAGUUUUAAAAACUCUGCGCAGCUGGGGACUGGAGAUCGACGAGGCACUCUUCCUCGCUGGGGCUCCCAAAGGUCCUCUCCUGGAGAAGAUCAAACCACACAUCUUCUUCGAUGAUCAGAUGUUCCACAUUGAGGGAGCCACGGAGACCGGCACCAUCGCUGCUCACGUGCCUUAUGGGAUUGGACAGAAAUAUCACAAAGGAAAACUGAUCGAGCAGCCGGAAAAACAGAAGUGAGAGGGUGAGAACGCUGAGGUUCAGGAUCAGAAGGGUACAGACUGAUUAUUAAUCUCCAUCACUUGGUUUAUAAGGAGCACUUCAAUCAAUUAAUCAAACAAACAUUUCAAUGAACAAGUUUACAGUUUGCUGUAUAUUUUAUCUGAACAGAAAUCUGAUUAAUCUGAGUUUAGGAGAGGAAAAUGGAGGUGGGGUUAGGAUGGGGGCGGGGUUAGGGUG